AUGACUUUGGAAGUGAAAAGAACUGAGUUUUUAUAGAUUGACUCACUUCUUACCACUUCAAUAAAAAAAAUACUGAAGUGGGAAGUGGGUUACUUGUCACUUUCCCAGUUUAGCACAAAUGAACAUCAAAAGUGGGGAAAAUCAGAUUACUGCCCCCCCAAGACUUCUGCCCAGUUUCUCCGAAAUGAAUGCCAUUAGAGUAUUAUUUAUUAGUACUAUCCAUACACUAUACACUACAUUAAAUACUGUUUAUCAUUUAUGUUUAUUGGUCCUGGUGUCCUUCUCAUUUGGUUGUAACUUGAGCAUUAAAUUGCAAGAGAUGAAAGUUCCUCAUGUUCUCCAUUGCACCAGGCCAAUCACACUUAGCCAUAUGUUAUUGUGUCUCUGUGUUUGUUGGCAUGACAUUGAACUAGAACUAGUAAAACCUUUCUGUAUCUAAGGUUGUAGUUAAGCAUCAAAGUGCAAUCAUAAAAUUAGAACUGGGAUUCUUAAUUGACGAAGUUUUCAUUAUUGUUGCUGAGCAGUUAAUAAUCAACAAUGGGAGAUCUGAAGGUGAAGCCGCGCCCUAAAAGGCAGAAGAUUUGGGUCGACUACUUAGUCGAGUUCCGCUGGAUCAUCAUUGUCUUUGUAGUUCUUCCCAUAUCUGCCUUCCUCUACUUCAUCACAUAUAUAAAUGAGCAGCGUGCUGAGUCGAAACCACACAAGGAACGUCGCAAAGAACACGAAGAGAAUGUGCGCAAGGUUGUGAAGCGGCUCAAGCAGCGAAAUCCUAAAAAAGAUGGCCUUGUGUGCACUGCCAGAAAACCUUACAUUGUUGUUGGCAUGCGUAAUGUCGAUUACAAACGUGCUAGGCAUUUCGAGGUCGAUCUCUCAGCAUUCGGCAACAUUCUUGAGAUUGACGAAGAGAAGAUGAUUGCAAGAGUGGAACCUCUUGUGACCAUGGGCCAGUUGAGUAGAGUCACUGUGCCAAUGAACCUCGCACUAGCUGUUGUUUCCGAGCUCGAUGAUCUAACAAUUGGCGGUCUUGUCAAUGGAUAUGGAAUUGAAGGAAGCUCUCACAUAUAUGGUCUCUUUGCUGACACCCUUGUAUCACUGGAAGUAGUCCUUGCAGACGGUAGUGUCGUCAAGGCCACGAAAGAUAACGAGUAUUCGGACCUCUUCUACGCCAUUCCAUGGUCUCAAGGGACACUAGGACUAUUAGUUUCAGCAGAGAUUAAAUUGAUCCGAAUCAAAGAGUACAUGAAGCUGACUUACAAGCCGGCGCGAGGGAAUUUAAGCGAACUUGCACAAGCUUAUGCUGAUUCAUUUGCACCGAGAGAUGGAGACCCUGCAAAAGUUCCGGACUUUGUUGAGUCAUUGAUCUACACUCCUACUGAAGGUGUGUUUAUGACUGGAAUGUACGCUUCCAAACAAGAGGCGGCGAGGAAGGGGAAUGUUAUCAAUAACAUAGGUUGGUGGUUCAAGCCGUGGUUCUAUCAACACGCCGAAACAGCACUAAAAAGAGGAGAAUUCGUCGAGUAUAUACCAACAAGGGAAUACUAUCAUAGGCACACAAGGUGCUUGUUCUGGGAGAUGAAGCUAAUUCUACCAUUUGGAGAUCAAUGGUGGUUUAGAUGGUUAAUGGGAUGGAGUUUGCCCCCAAAAAUCUCAUUGCUAAAGAUCACUCAAGGAGAAGCUAUCAGGAACUAUUACCAUGACAUGCAUGUAAUUCAGGACAUGUUGCUUCCUCUGCAUCGAGUCGCUGAUGCUCUCGAGUUUCUCCAUGAAGAGAUGGAGGUAUAUCCAAUCUGGCUUUGCCCACAUCGCCUUUUUAAGCUGCCGAUGAAGACCAUGGUCUAUCCGGAGCCUGGAUUUGAGAAUAAUCUCCGGCAAGGUGAUACAAACUUUGCGCAAAUGUUCACUGACAUCGGCGUUUACUACGCACCGGGUCCGGUUUUAAGAGGUGAAGUGUUUGAUGGUGCUGAAGCUGUUCAUCGUCUGGAGGAGUGGUUGAUCAGGAACCAUGGAUUCCAGCCUCAGUACUCAGUAUCGGAGCUGUCAGAGAAGAACUUUUGGAGGAUGUUCGAUGCCGAAUUGUAUGAGAAAUGCAGGGUGAAGUAUGGUGCAGUAGGCACUUUCAUGGAUGUGUACUACAAAUGCAAGAAGGGAAAGAAGACUGAGAAGGAGGUGUUGGAAGCAGAGGCUGCCAUUGCUGAGAAGGCAUUUGCAGAAACUUACUGAAGUGAAAGUUGACUUCGAGUUGCUAAUAAGAUCAUGAUUUGGGUUGACUUUUUAAUGCUAUAAGUUUAAGUUGCAUGUUGUAGUCUUACUAUCAGUUGUAAGUUCUGUUUCAGCUUGACUGUGUUCAUGCAGAUGCUUGUUGCUUUGCUUGCAUUGUUGCUUGGAUUUGUUUUUAAUGCUCUUCUUUGGCUCUUCCUUCAGCUUCA